AUGAGGGUCCCGCUUCUUCACCUCUCCACUGCCUCUGGCUCCUCGUCCCUGAUGAAGCUUCUGCCGCCGCUACUGGUGGUGCAACUCUGGGCGGCUCAGGCUCUGGUGCUCCCGGGAAACGACACGCGCCUGAACCUCGAGGCCUCCGGUGCCCUGUGCGCGCGUGACUCUCAUCCCUGGCAGGUCUCCCUCUUCCAUAACCUCCAGUUCCAAUGCGGGGGUGUCCUCGUGGACCAGAACUGGGUGCUCACGGUCGCAAAUUGCUGGAGAAAGAAGCCACUGAGGGCUCGAAUUGGGGAUGACCACCUGCUGCUUUUCCAGAAGGAGCAACUGCGGGCCACGAAUCCCCCUGUUUUCCACCCCAUGUACAAGCCUUGCUCAGGCCCCAUCCUGCCACACCGCUCAGAUGAACACGACCUCAUGAUGCUGAAACUGAGCAGUCCUGUGAAGCUGACAUCCAACGUGCAUCCUGUGCAACUGCCCUACCACUGUGCUCAACCAGGGCAGGAGUGCCAGGUCUCAGGCUGGGGGACCACAGCCACUCGAAGAGUGAAGUACAACAGGAGCCUGAGCUGUUCCAGGGUAACUGUCCUCAGUCAGAAGCAGUGUGAGACCUUCUACCCAGGUGUGAUCACCAACAACAUGAUCUGUGCUGGGCAGGACAGAAACCAAGACUCUUGCCAGGGUGACUCUGGUGGCCCCCUAGUGUGUGACAACACCCUGCAUGGCGUCCUCUCAUGGGGCAUUUACCCAUGUGGUGCUACCCAGCACCCAGCUGUCUACACCAAGGUCUGCAAGUACAUCACCUGGAUCCGAAGAGUCAUGCGUUCCAAAUGA